CAUAUAAUAUCAGUCUCUUAUUUAUUUUUGUAGCCCAUCGAUCGUCACGUGAUGUGGAACAUCAUGUGACCAAACUUUGUACGGUGGAAGAGGCGUGAUUUUGGAGAACAGGAUGCUUCAUGCAAGUAAUCUGAUAUGGCUGGUCAGCUGUAUGCUGCUAGGGGUGGUCCACAGUCUGGACAAUGGCCUUGCAAGGACACCCCCAAUGGGCUGGAUGGACUGGGAGAGGUUCCGGUGUAACAUUGACUGCAAGAAUGACCCAGAUAACUGCAUUGGAGAGAAACUGUUGAUGGACACUGCUGACCGAUUGGCUGCUGAUGGUUACCGUGACGUAGGAUACCGUUACGUGUCUAUCGACGACUGCUGGAUGGCCAAACAGAGAGAUGCUAAUGGGAAACUGCAAGCCGAUCCGGACCGCUUCCCAAGAGGGAUCAAAUUCCUGGCAGAUUAUAUGCACAACAAAAGCCUGUUGUUAGGUAUCUAUGAAGACUUCGGAACAGAAACCUGUGGUGGUUACCCAGGCAGCGAGUUCUACUUGUCCGAUGAUGCCCAGACAUUUGCUGACUGGGGCGUGGACAUGUUGAAGCUUGAUGGUUGCCAUGCCGACCGAGCUGAUAUGAGCAUCGGUUAUCCAACCAUGGGAUUUUUCUUAAACAAGACAGGACGACCAAUGCUUUACUCAUGCAGCUGGCCUGCAUACACAGGCUCUGGAAACAAGACUGACUACAAGCUGAUCGCCAAGAACUGCAACAUGUGGCGGAACUUUGAUGAUGUGGAAGACUCCUGGGACAGUAUCUAUAGUAUUAUACAGUACUACGGCAAAAACCCCGACAACUUCGCCGCUGUGGCUGGACCUGGCAACUGGAAUGAUCCUGAUCAGUUGAUUAUCGGCGACUUUGGACUGAGCUGGGAACAGCAACGUGUUCAGAUGGGGAUGUGGGCUAUUAUGGCUUCCCCCCUCUUCAUGUCUGUUGACCUGCGCACCAUCAAUCCCGAGUCCCGGGGCCUGCUGCUCAACAAGCGUGUCAUCGCCAUCAACCAGGAUCCCCUCGGUAUACAGGGCAGUAGGUUAUAUCAGCUUAACAAAAUUGAUGUGUGGACAAGGCCCUUGCAGAACAAAUCAUACGCUCUUGCAGUGCUUAACGGAAACUUUAGGGGAACACCUUCAGAAGUAAAUGUGACAUUUGGAGAAACCAAGUUCGACUUCAAUGGAGUCUCUGCUUACAAUGUCACGGAAGCAUUUGAUGGGAAGCCUCUCGGAACAUUCGCAGCAAAAGACAAACUGCAAGUUAUGAUAAAUCCAACUGGAAUUUUCUUAGCUGUUGCUGUCCCUGUGUCUAAGAAAGAUGUGGAGUAUCCAUGAACAAAGUAUGCUUCACCCAUCGACUGUGAUUGGAUAGAUCAUCUGGAGUAACGUUGUGGAUAGUUAGUUAGGGAUAGUUAUUACUGGCAAACAAGGAUAAGUUGAGCACCGACCUGACAAAUGACCCAUAUUAGCAUGUAUGAGUGCCGCCCACUGGCGCCUGCCAAUGUUAGCGAAGGGGACCCAAGAUGUCUGCGAUCAAGUGUAGUGUGACUAGUGCACUAGCCUACAUCUGCUCUACCUUUCACAGCGGUGGUGGGGUAGCCUAGUGGUUAAAGCGUUGGCUCGUCACGCUGAAGACCCGGGUUCGAAUCCCCACAUGGGUACAAUGUCUGAAGCCCAUUUCUGGUGUCCCCCGCCGUGAUGUUGCUGAAAUAUUGCUAAAAGCGGCAUAAAACCAAACUCAGUCAGUCAGUCAGUCUACCUUUGAGUUUGCUCAUUUGCCAUGCAGCGCCUACUUCUCAUAAACGCGUUCGCUGCGCCGGUCCAACAUAUCCUUGUUUGCCAGUAAUGGGUUAGUACUGAGGCAUUUUCUGAUCACCCGACUAAACGGCAAGUAACCUUUCGUCAUGCUUGUCAUCCAUCCGCCAUCUUCUCAUUUGAAACCACUGGACCAAUGAAGUUGAAAUUUUAAAUAGGAAACAUGUUUUCUUGUUCAGGAGGUUUGAGUCCCUUUAAUGCCAAUACUCAGUCAUUUAUGUUAACAAUGUAAUGACUUGGUGAAUGUGUCGUCAGUGGAGGCCUCAUCUUAUAUCUACUAUUAUUUGUGAUAUUUUCAUCUUUUAACUGCAUAUUUUCCCAAAAUGAAUAUUUGUCUCUCUGACCUCCAAAAUUUCCCAAUUGAGGGAGCUGAGCUUGUACUUGUCUCCUUAUCAUGUCGUCACACCUUGUUCAUGUCAGUCAGGGGUACUUUUUAUGCUGUAAAUAUUUGAAUAACAGCAGACGGCAUCUUUUGAUCCGUGGCUGUCUGGUGAUAUUUUAAGCUAUUGACUACUUAUCCAAGAGAGCUACUGCUGUAGACUGAGGACCAGUUUAAAUUAUACUUCCUAGAUGAUAGGGGCUAUGUACUGGCAAGUAAAUUGUAUUGCAAAUUGCAAUAUGUGCCAAUUCAGGCACUUGUCAUGCGAUACUUUAUGCAUACGACAUGACAAAGAAUACCUGAAACAUAUGGAAUGGAAUGUUUAUGUUUGAAACUUUUGGACAUUUUUUGUAUUCUUUGGCUGGUACAGUUUUAGCAGACCCGUGAAGGUCCGGGUUAGAAUAUUGAUCUUCAGUAACCCAUGCUUGUCGUAAGAGGCGACUAACAGGAUCACGUGGUCAGGCUCGCUGACUUGGUUGACACAUGUCAUCGGUUCCCAAUUGCGCAGAGCGAUGCUCAUGCUGUUGAUGACUGGAUUGUCUGUUCCAGACUCAGUUAUUUACAGACCGCCGCCAUAUAGCUGUAAUAUUGCUGAGUUCGGCGUAGAACUAAACCCACUUACUCACUACAGUUUUAGCACAGUUGUACUUAAUCAUUAAUGGGGUACCUGUAUGCGACAGAAUGAAAGAUGGAUUUUCAGACACCUCAUGGUCCUAAAUUCUGAAGUCUUGACAAACUGUAAACACAGGACAGCCCACAAACCUGAACCAUUCCAUCCCAAGUAAUGCACAUUGACACACACACAUGACAUGAUCAGAUGUUCAGUCAUAUCUCUUAGUAGAAUAACUCCAAGACCACAUUUUGGGGGUUGUUAGUUUUUGUUUUUAUAUUUAUUUAAUGUUAAAGUUAUGCAAAUUGACAUACAUGACAUGAUCAGAUGUUCAGUCAUAUCUCUUAGUAGAAUAACUCCAAGACCACAUUUUGGGGGUUGUUAGUUUUUGUUUUUUUAUUUAUUUAAUGUUAAAGUUAUGCAAAUUGACAUACAUACAUGACAUGAUUAGAUGUUCAGUCAUAUCUCUUAGUAGAAUAACUCCAAGACCACAUUGCAUCGAGAUCAACAUGACAAUUGCUUGGUUCAAGGCCUUAUGUAUGGAAACUGAUAUAUGUGUGGAUGCAAGGGCAAAAUGAUCUGUCUAACAUACCUCAUUAUUCUGCUCAACUCUACAAAGAAUAUAGGGGUAGCCUAGUGUUUAAAGUGUUCACGCAUUACUCGAAGACCUGGGUUCGAUUCCCCACAUGGGUAGAGUAUGUGAAGCCAAUUUCUGGUGUACACUGCCAUGAUAUUGCUGGAAUAUUGGUAAAAGCAGGUAAAACUAAACUCACUCAAAGAAUAUAUAUGGCAUUAAACCUGACUCACACUUGCCUAGCAGAAUUUAUACUGUGAACUCUUUUACUACAUCUGCUGGGGUGGGUAUCUUUCGUAAAUAAAUGUGUGAAAUAUA